AUGGAGCACAACGAAAGCAACCUCGGCCCGCUCCUCCUCGGCAUCAACAUCACUGCUGCCAUACUCGCCGGCAUCACCUGUCUUUUGCGAUGCUAUGUUCGACUUUUCAUGCUCAAGGCAUUUGGGUUGGAUGAUUGGUUGAUGGUUAUAUCGACGAUAAUCUUCAUUACAUACAGCGUCUGCUCCAACACAGGCGUGCACUAUGGCACGGGCCAACACAGAUCCGAUCUCUCAGAAGAGAACUAUAUGACGGCAAUGAAGUGGUGGUUUAUGUGUUACCCCACGUACGGCGGCACUAUGUUCUUCGCCAAGCUCUCCAUCGGCUGGUUCCUGCUCAGGGUCACCAUCAGCCGCAUUCACCGGUGGAUCAUCUACACAGCCGCUAUCGUCACCUGCGCGAGCUGCCUCUGCUACUUCUUCGUCGCUCACUUCCAGUGCAACCCCAUCAGCUACUACUGGGACAAACAUAGCCAGACAGGCACGUGCAUUGAUGUCCACAUUGUCAUUUGGCUGGUGUACCUGUACAGCGGGUUCGCCGUGAUCAGCGACUUCACGUUCGCCCUGCUGCCGGCCUGGGUGGUGAGCCAUCUGAACAUGAAGAAGAACAUGAAGAUUGCGGUCAUCAUCCUUAUGGGGAUGGGCUGCGUCGCAAGCGCAGCAGUGGUCAUCCGCUGGCCGUACAUGCAGCGCCUCGGCUCGAACGACUUCCUCUGGGACUCGAUCCCGAUCGCCAUUUGGUCGACGGUCGAGCAGUGUCUCGCCAUCACGGCGGGGUGGCUUGCCACGCUGCAGCCUCUCGUCAAGAUGAUUCGCAGCAAGCUGGGCAUGACUACCACCCACCCCACCCUUGGCAACUCGGAGAGUUACAACAUGAACGGUGCGAUUUCGGUUAAAAAGUCGUUCACCAGGUGGACGGAGCCAUCCUCGCUGAACGGACAAGAGCGUGACCUAUCAGGCCGGUCGGGGGGACUGAAAUUUCAGCCGGGGUUUGCAGCAUACUCGGCUACGUGUUAUAAUACAAGCCAGGAGGAGCUCAGGCCGGAUAGGCCUGGCACGGCUCGGUUAGGUUCGGGCAAUAGUAAGGAGAGCAAGGGUGGUGUAGAGUUGGGAAUCAAGACUAGUAAUGCAAGGUAG